UUCCUCUGACUGAUAGCACAGCAGUCACACAAUGUGGAUCUUUUACCCGACUUCUGUGUUUUUAAGGAUUUUUGUUCUCUGCAGUUUGCUGUCAUGUAUAACAGGACUGACUGUGAAAUACUCACGAGAGCCAGUGACUAAGACUGAAGGCCAUUCUUUGACUCUCAAGUGUACGGUGAUUUAUGAGAAAGAGAGCUGUGAUGACAUUCAGGCAACAUGGUGUUUUGCUCACUCAGCAAAAGACUGUGAACCUUUCAUGGAUCCUCACAGAUACCUAAUCAAAGUAAAUGAGACAGAACUAAACCAAAACAGGGUGAGGAACAUUUUAAUGACAUUCAAUUCCUUAAGACUUCAAGACAGCGGCUACUACCAGUGUAAUGCUAAAUGUACCAUCAGUGGGACUCAAGGAAAAGGUCAUCUUGUGUACCUCAAUGUCACAGCUGAUCCCUACAAAGGUCUGAAUGUCUCAAAAUGGAGUGGCCAGUGUGAGGCAGACACAGCGUUACUAAUGCUCAGUGGCAUUUUAAUUUUAUGGUGUUAUUGUAUGGACCAUCAUAUAGUAUAAUCACAAAAGAAUUGGACUGUUAUCAAUACAUUACAGAUAUGUUCCAGGGGCAGUUUACAGGUAAAUUUACGUUUAUAUUGUGUAAUGGAUGCAAUGUUGGAUACCUGUAGAUACAUUUCUAAAUGUUUUUAAUUUGAUCUUAUUUGUAUUGUAUUCAAGCAGCAUACAUUGUUUAGUUUUAUUAUCAUUUAUUUAUGUGUUUUACCACUCGUAGUGUUCUAGAGCUAACAAUGAGAUUUCAUGGCAUGUAAACUGUCAAAAGUAUGAAGCAUUGUGCAGCCUACAGUAUGUGUGCAGUUAAAGUGUGCUCCACUUUAACUGCAAUAGAACAUAGCAACGUUGCAGUCCAGGCUUGUGGGUGAAACUAAAGCCAAGCGUAACUUGCAAAAAAAAUAAAUAAAUAAAAGGUAGAUGAACCACCAAACAUCUGAAAAAAGCUUUGACUGACAAAAUAUGGUUAACCUGUUUCAACCUAGAAAUAAAAAUGAAAGUCACCAAGUCAAGCAGUGCAGUGAAUGGUUUAACUGACAAUUAACUUAAAAGGAGCACUCAGUAAUGUUUUCCCUCAUUAAAAAAAAAAAUUUUACUGUAAAGAAAUGAAUGGUAACUUUGAAAUAUGUAGAAAAUCAUGACCAUUUGAGAUGAAGAGUUUAGUCAUAUCAGUAACCUUAUAAAAGCUCUUUUAUUCUAAACUCGGCAAAAAAAAAAAAAAAAAACACACACACACAACUGCUUUUAUUUUCAGCAAAUUAAUGUGUAAAUAUUUGUAUAAACAUUUAAAGAUUCAACAAAUAAGACAUAAACUGAGCAAGUUUCACAGACAUGUGACUAACAGAAAUGGAAUAAUGUGUGCCUGAACAAAGGGAAAAAAUAUUCAAAAGUAACAGUCAGUAUCUGGUGUGGCCACCAGCUGCAUUAAGUACUGCAGUGCAUCGCCUCCUCAUGGACUGCACCAUAUUUGCCAGUUCUUGCUGUGAGAUGUUACCCCACUCUUCCACCAAGGCACUUGCAAGUUCCCGGACAUUUCUGGGGGGAAUGGCCCUCACCCUCCGAUCCAACAGGUCCCAGAUGUGCUCAAUUGGAUUGAUCCAGGCUCUUCGCUGGCCAUGGCAGAACACUGACUUUCCUGUCUUGCAGGAAAUCACACACAGAACGAGCAGUAUGGCUGGUGGCAUUGUCAUGCUGGAGGGUCAUGUCAGGAUGAGCCUGCAGGAAAGGUACCACAUGAGGGAGGAGGAUGUCUUCCCUGUAACGCACAGCGUUGAGAUUGCCUGGAAUGACAACAAGCUCAGUCCGAUGAUGCUGUGAUACACCGCCCCAGACCAUGAUGGACCCUCCACCUCCAAAUCAAUCCCUCUCCAGAGUAUAGGCCUCGGUGUAACGCUCAUUCCUUCGACGAUAAAUGCGAGUCCGAUCAUCACCCCUGGUCAGACAAAACUGCGACUCAUCAGUGAAGAGCACUUUUUACCAGUCCUGUCUGGUCCAGCCUAUGGGUUUGUGCCCAUAAGCGACGUUGUUGCCGGUAAUGUCUGGUAAGGAUCUGCCUUACAACAGGCCUACAAGUACUCAGUCAAGCCUCUCUCAUCCUAUUGCGGGCAGUCUGAGCACUGAUGGAGGGAUUGUGCGUUCCUGGUUUAACUCGGGCAGUUGUUGUUGCCAUCUUGUACCUGUCACGCAGGUGUGAUAUUCGGAUGUACCGAUCCUGUGCAGGUAUUGUUACACGGUCUGCCACUGCGAGAAUGAUCAUCUGUCCUUCCUGUCUCCCUGUAGUGUUGUCUUAGGCGUCUCACAGUAUGGACAUUGCAAUUUAUUGCCCUGGCCAAAUUUGUAGUCCUCAUGCCUCCAUGCAGCUUGCCUUAGGCACGUUCACGCAGAUGAGCAGGGACCCUGGGCAUCUUUCUUUUGGUGUUAGUAGGUGAGUCAAUAGAAAGGUCACUUUAGUGUCUUAAGUUUUUAUAACUGUGACCUUAAUUGCCUACCAUCUGUAAGCUGUUAGUGUCUUAAUGACCGUUCCGCAGGUGCAUGUUCAUUAAUUGUUUAUGGUUCACUGAACAAGCAUGGAAAACAUUGUUUAAAUCCUUUACAAUAAAGAUCUGUAAAGUUAUUUGGAUUUUUACAAAAUUAUCUUUAAAAUACAGUGUCCUGAAAAUGGGCACAUCAUGGGGGCAGCCAUGUUAGAAUCACAUGACCAGCUGAAUACUACUCGCUUAAUCCCAGAAACUGCUCUGUUAUUGGACACUUUCAUUCAUGGAUUAAAUGAAUCUUGGUUUACUGUGCAUAGUCAAUUUAUCCAGUGGCACUGGUAACUGAAAACGUCACGAUUACGUAUGCAACCUCAUUUCCCUGAGACGAAUGGAACAAGACAUUGUGUUUGCUAACGCAUAUGAGGAGUGUCCUUCCACACAACCUAGUUGAAACCUCUCAACAAUAACGGCAAUAUUCUAAUAUUGCCUAUGGUGUUUGAGCCCCUCCCUUUUAGGUAUGAAGCUGUUCGCAAUAAAAGCAGGCACGUAAACACCAUUACUCUGAAUUUUCUGACUGAGGGACAAGGAGUGCAUCGCUUGCACCUCAAAAGAACUCUGAGUCUUGAAGUGCAGCUAGCAUUCACUAGCAUUUGCUAACACAUAUAGAGAACAGAAUCCCAUCACGCCGCACUACGCGUCAUAACCUUCCGGAGAGGAAACAUGACACUGCAGUCCCGUGGGAAGAACCCUGUUGGGAAGGGAGUUUAUUUAUAAUGAAAGCACUUAUGACUUUAUGGUUAAUUUCUAUGGCCGGAAUGCAGUCAGUUAUAUGUAAAAUGAUGGGGAGCCCAUACUUAAAGGGAGGGGCAUAAUUAUAAGUUUGGCAAAUGAAAUAGCAAGCGCUCUAAACAGAGAGGACUUGUGUAGAGAGAGACAUUACGUCUAAGUUGUAAAACCUUGCGAAUGUGUUUUGAGAAGACCAUCCUGCUACGCUCUGAAGGGCGUGGUUAGAACCUUAGCACAUAGCCUUUUCUGGGUUUGACAGUGGCUUUUGAAAGAUCGAGGCCAAACUCCAGACAUGAAUUGUCAAUUGAUAGUGCAUUUAAGUCACCGACCCAUUUUAGAAGACUUUAGAAGACAGUCCCCGUCGGGAAUGUAGCUGGCCGAGGUGGAUUUAAUUGUCUUGCUCUUCUAAGGAACUUUAUGAUUAAAUCAUGUUUGUUAUAGUGGCGCCGGCUUCAGGCGUGUGAUACGCAGAUAUAGUCGCCACAUAAACUUUGUGAGUCCUGCGUCUAAUCUCUCUUGAAGAAAUAUGAGAAUUUCAUGUAUAGGGCAGUUUACUGGUCUUUGCCAUGGGAAAAACACCAAUCAGUGAACACAUUCCAUUUUAGCGCAUAGAGGCGUAUCGUGGACGGCGCUCUGGCCUGUAAAAUGGUGUUCAUGACUGAAUGCGUUAGUUCAGGCACAUUUAGCAUGCUCCGUACAAAGGCCACACGUCUUUGCAGCUCUGGCCGGGCAUGCCAAACUGUGCCUUGUGUUUCAGAGGGAAGAUCUUUCUUCAGCGGUAUUUCCCAUGGAGGCCCGUCCAGUAUUCUACAAUCUCCAGCAACCAGGACUGAUAGGGCCAUUUCGGUGCAAUUAACAGAAU